AUGCCAAAACGAUUCCUCAAUGUUGAAUACGACACACUUACUGCUGAAAUCGAUGUGACUGACUUUGAAGACCUGAGUGACAUUCAGGAUGCUAUCAAGUCUGAGUAUGAUGGUUCUUGUGUUGUUAUUGGUUGUUUACCACCACCUUCAAGACAGCCUACUCAAACUGACCUUUUUGCCGCAGGUUCUACUUUAACAGCAGGAUACAAGAAAAGAAGAACAAGUGAAUGGGAGAAAGUAUCAACACUUGCUCAACUUUCAUACGACCCAAAUUUGACCAUUUUCAAACUUGACACAAAUUACUUGGCCAAGACUGGUCUAUCUACUCAAAAACUCAUUCUUUAUUGCCGUCCAACUUUUCAUGAGCAAUUCAGUUUUUUACGGGAAAAAGUCAUUGAUAAUGGGGUUCUUGGUUGGAUUCUAGGACCACCAGGAACUGAUUGUUAUCCAGUAUGUGUUCGUUUGGAGGGCGAUUCAAAGAAAUCCCAGGAAAUCUACGACAGCAAUAUCGACAAACUUUUUGAUAUUUUGCAUAAAGUAGAUGAAUCAAAACAACACAUUGUGUUUAUUGAUGGAUACACUUCAAAUGGACAAAAACACAUUGAUGUACAGCAAGCUUGCUAUUCAUGGCUCGAAAAAGACCGAAAAAAAAGAAGAUUGGUUGUCGUUUGUUUGAUGUCUUCACGUUACAAAGCAAAGUUGGAGGAAGAUAUGCUGUUGAAUCUCAAACAAUUCAACGUCUAUUCUUGA